CGCAACGGCCAUGUCGUAUAAAAAUGCCUGAAUAAUAUUCACUUUAACGUUUUAAUAAUAGAGACUUUGUUCAGAUAUUUAUGAACACCUUGACCGGUCCGAUAUAUCUGAUAGCGACCUAUUUUUAAAUUGCUCUACAUUGUGCAUAUUUCAGCUGACCGAUAUUUUUCUUUUGGUAAUUUUUCAAUAAACAAGCAAGCAUUAAAUAAAAACGCCUUAAUACUGAUACUUAGGUGGGUAGUAUCAAAAUUACGAAGACAGUUAAGUUAUUCUUAAAAUACCUCUUAUUUCAAAACAUUUACUUUCAACCGAUUUUACAGUAAUGAAAUAACUUUCUCUUUAUUAAUCUUUAUUUUUCAUUUACUUACCAUCUUGUUUGUAAAAUAUUCUGUUUGUAAAAGUAAGUGAACUUUAACAUUCACAAAUGGACAGAAAUGCAUUUGGUAAAAAAACUAGCGGAUUGCAGCGGCCUCGCAUUGAUCGCUUUGUGGCGCCGCGCGAGUCCUUCGAUGAGCUGCGGCGGCGGCAGCACGUGUCCGCCAGUAAGCAGUGCUCUAACAGCUUCUGGCAUGGCAAUUACAUGAAACAGUAUGCGAGCCACAUCGACAAAGCCUUUGGGCUAGAUGCAGCCGCACCUUCGCAACCUGAGCAAACCUGGCCCUGCGUGCCGCGCACGCGCACUUUUCUAUCUUCAGCGGAUAAUAUCCUGGAUCUGCCAACUUACAGUACCGCAGCUUUUCCAGAACUCAUCGACUGGAGCAACGACAACGUCCUAGUGGCAGCACUUGGCAAUAAAUACUACAAGUGGAGCUGGUGUUCACAAAGCUCUAUGGGCAAAGGCCUCACCCUUUUUAACACUGCUUGCUGUAGGUUUGAUCCUACGGGGGAAAGACUAGCACUAGGAACCGACAUGCAGCGCAUAGAGGUGCACAAUGCGUGGAGCAAAUGGAUGACCGUGAGUUGGUGCCGCUGCUCCACCAAGACGUCGCAGCAAUUCUGUCUGAUCACCGCCGUGGACUGGAGCCCCACGGGGAACUCCAUCGUCACCGGUUGCUCCCGAGGAAUGAUCACCGCUUUCGACCGCGAUACCAGACACAUCAGCAAUCGGCAAGCCACCAACAUCGCCAUCUUUCUUGUGCGGGUGUCUCCAGACGCGCGCUACGUGGCCGCGGUCGCUGUCAACAGUUCGCAGGUGCUGCUGAUGCUGUGGCCGUCUUUGGUAGAAUACAUGGUUAUCAGUUCUGACUGGAUGGUAAAGAGUAUAGCCUGGCACCCAUGGCGUAGUGCUCUCCUCGGCAUCGGCGGAGUCACGGAGACCAAAUCCUGGAUAGCGCUCUGGGAUGCCCCGCGGGCCACCCUACGCACGACCACUACUGUCAGCAAUAACGAUUAUAGCAUGGACACCAUGUUGUUCAGCCAUCGGACUGGGGAACUAGUUCUCAGUGUUUGGAACUCAGAGCAAAUGGGGUACCCAAAAGCGAGCUCUCGGCUUGUAGUGAUGAGCGGACCAGACUCGGUGGUGGACGAGUGGGGGGAGGGCAGAUACGGCGUCGACCGCGUUCGGGCCAUGGUCUUCAGUCCUGAUGGCACUAAGCUUGCAACAGCCACAGCAGACGAAGAUUUAAUAAUCUGGAAUUUCCUGCCUCCAGACAACAAGACCAACAAAAAGACGAAACGGAGAAGAUUCUCCGCCAUCCCCACUUACAUCGACCAGAGCUCAUACGGCUUCUCCGUUCGAUAACUUUAAUUUUUUUUUGUGUAAUAUUACAGUACAAUUCCAACUUUACUAGCAGUGGUUCGCUUAAGUAGUGUUUAUUCCAAAGUCAUCCUCCGAUUCACUAUAUAUUCAAACGUGGAUAGGCAUGUUAUAAAACGUUGAAAAAAUAAGGCCAUUAUAUAGAUCGUCCUUUUAUAAACUUUUCCGGUAUUUAAUUUGGCCGCAAAAGGCAUCAAUUUUACCUUAUAGACACAUUAGUCACAGCUAAUCUAGGUAACUCUUAAUCCUCACGAACUUCUCUUUUUAGCAAUAUUUAGAAAUUUUUAUCUAAUUAAAAAUUGUUAAGUUUGUAAUAAUGCAAUAUUAUUCUCACCUGCUGAAUGUCACUAGAGCAUUGAAAUCAACAUAAUAGGAACGUGCAACAUACUUGUAACUAUAUUUGAAUAGCGGGGUUUAAACUGGUUCAAUCAUUUGUAUGAUACCUAUAAUUUUUUGUCUGUAUCUAUAUUAUAAUAUUAAUUCUACGCAUGUCUCACUAUAAUAUUCUUUGAUAGAAUUAUUGAAAAUGUAAAUUAUGUUAGUAAAUAUGAUUUUAUCUUUAUUGAUGUUAAUGAAAUACACUUUUUAAACUAAUGACA